GUAAUUUGUCCCUACAACCCCACAUGACUCUGUUUCUCUCUAUCUACCACUUUACUAUUCUGCCUAAGCCAACCUCUAACCUCUUAUGAUGAUAAAUAAAUACCCACCACCUUCUCUUUUCACCUUCACAAAAUCAAUAAAACUUUCUCUCACUCAAUGGCUUUAAGAAAAUCAACUAAACUUCCUCAAACACCACUAAUUAAACAAAUCCUUAAAAGAUGUUCGAGUUUAGGGAAGAAACAUGGCCUUCGUUUGGAUGUUCCUAAGGGUCAUUUUGUUGUGUAUGUUGGUGAAAAUAGAAGCAGGUACAUUGUUCCAAUUUCUUUCUUAAGUCGACCAGAGUUUCAAAACCUUCUCCAUAAAGCUGAAGAAGAGUUUGGUUUUGAUCAUGAUAUGGGUCUCACUAUUCCAUGUGACCAACAUGUUUUUGAGUCUCUUACAUCCAUGCUCAGAUGAAAACAUAUUCACUUUAUUCAUCCUUACAAAUUAUCUUUGUAAUGUGAUGGAACUAUUUUUAGAUUUUUUCUAUUUUCUUUUUUUUUUAGGGAGAAAGAUGAAGAAAAAAAAAUAGAUGAAGCUGCUUCAUUGCUUCUCUUACUUUAUAUUUUUCUCCCUUUCUAUAUUUAUAUAUAUAUAUAUAUAUAUAUUAAUUCAUGUAUGUAUGAUGAGGUAACUAUUUUAGAGAGACUCCAACCUCAAGAAAUUUCCCCACGAAAUAAUUAAUGUUGUGGGUUUAGAAUAUUGUAAAUCUAGUGGAAAUUAAGGAGUAUGUUUUUCCGAUGAAGCAAAUGUACCUGUUUGAGGAACUAAUUUAAAAGGAUAUAUAUUAUUUCUUUUUG